AGUAAUAGUUUUAUAUUGCUGAGAAUAAUAUCAAGAGUUUAAAAAUGUUUGUUUAGCGAGGGAAACGCUGGCGUCAUUGUUGAGGAGAUUAUGGGAAGGAAAUAGUGCGACAGCGAUGUGUUCAAGAGCAAAACAACCUCAUAGAAGAGGCCUCGACAACUACAUCUGUGUAUUGUUUUCCUGCUAAUACACACAAGGGCGUGGGUUUGGUUUUAUAAAUAGAAAUGCAAUGUAAACCAACUUAUAAUGAUGGUGAUGUCUUCCUGAACAAAACCUCCUACAAUGACCCUUUUCUGACAUUUAUUUAGCCUUUAAGUCUUCAUUUUUUUAUGAUUUCUGGUGUUUUAGAGGAGAGACAUUACCACGAUGACAGUCACUUUCAAUUUCUUCACCCUCCUACUUUUCACCAUAACAGCGUGCAGCUGUUUUGAGUUUGCCCUCAGCUCUGACCACUGUGGGUACUCUCUUCAAGUGUUAGACAGCAAAGAGGGAGAGAUAAGGAGUUCUGCUUACCACAGCUGGUCCUACCGCUUCGGCUCUACCUAUGACUGCUGGAUCAUCAAGGGUUUGGAAGGAGAACCUGUCGUUCUCAGCUUCUCCCAGUUUUCAGCUCGGUGUAAGAAGGAAUGGGUGUCUAUAAGAUCCUCAUCUGGCGGUGAGCCGAUUCUUCUUUGUGGCUCCAAGUUGCCGCAGCCAAUGGAAUUCCCGGGGGGAAACAUUACAGUGACACACCACUUCCUCCCGCAUCUGUUCCCUGUGUCGUCGUUUCGGUUGAGUUACGCCAGAGACACUGGUGAAUGCCCAUUAACAUCUUUUGAAUGCCUCGGAGGGCGUUGCCUACCCCUCUCCUGGCGCUGUAACGGUCAGGUGGAGUGUCUCGGGGAAGGCGACGGCCUCGGCUCAGAUGAACAAGGCUGCGCUGCAGAUGUGGACACCCCAGAAACCCCCAAGCACGGCAGCACGAAGGCAGAAGAGGACAAAGCAGAGACAAACACGGAGAGGAACAGCGACAGGGGCUUGGAGAGACACAAAGCUGCAGAUAAAACUGAGAGCUCUGAUAGGUCAGGGGACCGGAACUUGUCUGAUCUGUGGGCACUGCUGAAGAAGAGGGAGGAGGAGGAAGCCCAGGUGGAUCAAGAGAAGCCGGAGCCUCAUAGGGUGCCCAUUGUGACGCCCACUCCUAUUGAGUGGCCCUGCGGAGGGCUUCUCCAGACCUUCUAUGGGACCUUCUUGCCCCCAGCCAUUCGUGGCCCCCCACUGCUCUGUGUCUGGACUCUGGACCCCCAAGAUUCCCGGCCGCUGAGGUUGGACCUGCAGCACCUGGCAUUGGGGCCCGGGGACACACUCACUGUCCGCAACGGAGAGCAAGGCAAAGGAGACGUCAUCAAAAUUAUCACCAGCGCCUCCAAUGGCAAACCAGUCCAAGUAGAAUCCCAUACUGGCCUGCUGUCAUUGACAUAUCAGACUCUUCCCAGCUCAGAGGGGAACGGCUUUAACGCUACAUUCCAUGUCGGGACCUACUGCCCUCCCUGGGAAGGCCGGUGUGGUGGCGCAGCAGGAGGUUGCUUUACUCAGGAGCAACGCUGCAACGGGGAAUGGGACUGUCCAGAGACGGGGAAGGACGAGGAGGGGUGCAGGGGCUGCAGUCUGAACCAGUUCGCCUGUGGAAUGGCGGGGCAGAGGGCGGUGUCAUCCAGCCACUUCGCUGGCAGGCCGGUGUGCUACCCAGUCAGUGAGAGAUGCAACUACCAGCUGUACUGCGCCGAUGGCAGCGACGAGAGGGACUGUACCGUGUGCCAGCCAGGGACCUUCCACUGCGACAGCGACAGGUGUGUGUUUGAGAGCUGGCGUUGUGACGGCCAGGUGGACUGCAAGGACGGUACAGACGAGCUGAACUGCACCGUCAUCCUGCCCCGCAAGGUCAUCACCGCGGCAACGGUGGGCAGCCUGGUUUGCGGGCUUCUGCUGGUUAUCGCCAUGGGCUGCACUUGUAAACUGUACUCACUCAGGACCAGGGAGUACAGCAUGUUCGCACCAAUCAGCCGUCAGGAAGCGGAGCUGAUCCAGCAGCAGGCUCCUCCGUCAUACGGUCAGCUGAUCGCCCAGGGCAUCAUCCCCCCAGUUGAGGACUUCCCGACAGAAAACCCUAAUGAGACUUCAUCUCUUUCUCUGAGGGGGAUUCUCCAGCUCCUCCGCCAGGACGCCGUCAACUCCCCGCACCGCAGACGCAGGCCCCGAUUCAUCCGCCGAGCCGUUCGCCGCAUGAGGAGGUGGGGCCUAAUCCCCAGACCUCCCUCCAGACCCUCUCAGGCGUCAAGCUCCAGCCAGCAGCAGGCAGACGCCGCUCCUCCCGGUCAGACGCCGGCUCACUCCGCUCCCACCAGCUUCUCGUCGGCUGUGGAGGCGGUCAACCAGCCGGUGCCUCAGAAACUUGGCUUGUUGGGUCAGUCGGAGCAGCAGCAACAGCGCGAAGCACCGUCUCCUCUACCGCCACUACCGACGCCGCCUGUCGCUUCCCCGCCUCCACCUCCGUACGCUCCCCCAGCUCCACCCGUGGCCACUCCCCAAACUCCCCCCGUCGCCGUCCCCCCACCGAGCAGCCCCUCUCUGGCCUCCAUCUUCCACACGCUGGGCCUGAGCAUCUCCCUCUUCAGAGCAUCGCCCUCAUCCUCCUCCACCAACUACAUGCCCCUCUCCAUCUCCCCGUCGUUCUCCUCCUCCUCGUCUUCCUCGGACGACGAGGUGCUGCUCAUCCCGCUGUCUGAAGACACCACUUCAGAGGACGACGUGCCCAUGCUCACCUGAACGACGCCAGGACUUCCUCACCCACCCUGCAGCCCCCUCCCACUCCCCCCUCACCUCUACUCUUUCUCCUUUACUCACUGAUAAUAACUGAAACCCAGUCUUUCCACAUAUGUUUGAACUUCAGCACAGGAGUGGCCCACGGCGAGACUCACCCUCACUGUGCAAGUCUGGUGCCUUUUUGAAAUUGCUUUGAGUUGGAUUUGAUGACUUACUGAGUCAAGUAUUCUACUUUUUUUUUUUUUUUUUUUUUUUUUUUUUUUUAAAGACCUCCUUAAGAAAGUAUAAGUUUUAGACGAAAAGCAAGGCUGACGUAUGUUUGUGAGUAAGCGUCGGUGAGUAUUGGAUGUGCACUUAAUUCAUGCUAGGCUGCACAUUUGAAGGUAAACUUUUGCACAGAUGAAUCUUCCCUAUCCAGAUACUGAGGCAGGCGACUGUCCAACCGAAUGAGUUUUUAGACAACACGACGGAAGGCAAUCGUGUUUGUAUGACUGCAACUGUGUGAAUGCAUUUGCAUUUUUAGUCUUACGUAGACAGUGGAGUAUGUUUGUAGAUGUGGAUUGUCUCCACAUACUUCUGCCACUAACAUUGAGUCUCAUGUUAUAUCAGAUAUUAUAGAGGAAAAAAAAAAAAAAGAAAAAUCCCCUAUUUAAGUGCCUUUUGAGGAGUUUCCUGUAGAUGGUUUGAGGAGAUUUAGAUACACGCUGCACACCCAAACACACAGGCACACGUUUUUCCUCACAUCAAAGCACGCAUACACACACAUCAAUGGCUUUAUUAUAACGUGAAAAAACUGCAUGUCUACUCUGCAAGCUGGCAAUAACUUUUUUGGGACCCUCCUCCGGUUUUUAGUGCACAUGGCAACAUAAUCGCGUGUUCUGGUUAUACAGGUGUGCACCCUUCCCAAGUGAAUGUAUGUAGUCUCAAAAGCAAACGUGUCAAAAGACAAUCUCUUAGGUGCCUGAUUUUAGGAUGUGUGUGUGUGUGUGUGUGUGUGUGUGUGUGAGUGUGCGGUGUGUACACAGCGCCCUAGUGAUGAAAGGGGCCCCGAGUUCACAAAACAAACUCAACUUGAAUCUUCAACCCCUGAGGGGAAGCGAUCGCAUUCUUGUCACAUUUUGACACAACAGACUUGUGGUGUGCCAUUUGUAUUAUUGUACAUUUUAUGGUGUUUUUAUUUCAGCAAGUUCUUUUUUUUUUUUUUUUUUCUCUCUCUCUCUCUCUUUCUCUCUUAAGUUUGUUCAGUUUUGCUUUGUUGAAUGUAUUAGGGUCGAUGUGGAGUAGCUGGAAGUUUUAAAUUUACAAUAUAAUGAGGUAAAUAAGAGAGAAAGUGAUUUUAUGAUUUUAUUAGGGUCAACUUCACUGUAUAUAAGUAAAAAUGUGGCUGACAUUAAACGAUUUGCACUUUUA